UUCCACUUCCCCGUCCCCGCCUCCCGGGGCCGCCCUGCUUGGGCGAAUCAGAAGGCAGCGCGGGGAUGGUCCCCUGUGGGAGGACGGCCGGGCCUCCGUGGGGUUAACCAGACCCGUCAGGAAGUGCACGGCUUUCCUCCGGCUCCACCUUCCCUCGGUCCCGGCAGCCGGCAGCUCCUACCGCGCAUUGAAUCGGGCGGCCCAGGCUGACCCCCAGGAGGACCCCGAGCCGCCUGCCCCGACUGCGCCAUGUCGGACUACGAGAAUGAGGACGAGUGCUGGAGCGCCCUGGAGGGCUUCCGGGUGAAGUUCAUCUCCGUCAUCGACCCCGCCCGCAUCACGCCCUACCUGCGCCAGUGCAAGGUCCUGAACCCCGACGACGAGGAGCAGGUGCUCAGUGACCCCAGCCUGGUCAUCCGCAAGCGGAAAGUAGGUGUGCUCCUGGACAUCCUGCAGCGGACUGGCCACAAGGGCUACGUGGCGUUCCUAGAGAGCCUGGAACUCUACUACCCACAGCUGUACAGGAAGGUCACGGGCAAAGAGCCCACCCGCGUCUUCUCCAUGAUCAUCGACGCCUCCGGGGAGUCGGGCCUGAUGCAGCUGCUGAUGAGCGAGGUGAUGAAGCUGCAGAAGAAGGUGCAGGACCUGACGGCGCUGCUGGGCUCCAAGGACGACCUCAUCAAGGAGCUGAGGGUGAAGGACAGCCUGCUGCGCAAGCACCAGGAGCGUGUGCAGAGGCUCAAGGAGGCCUGCGAGGUGGGCGGCCGCGAGCUCCAGCGCUGCAAGGACGAGAACUACGACCUGGCCCUGCGCCUGGCCCGCCAGAGCGAGGAGCGGGGCGCCGCGCUCAUGCGCAACCGCGACCUGCAGCUGGAGGUCGACCGGCUCAAGCACAGCCUCAUGAAGGCAGAGGACGACUGCUCGGUGGAGCGCAAGCACACGCUGAAGCUCAGGCGCGCCAUGGAGCAGCGCCCCAGCCAGGAGCUGCUGUGGGAGCUGCAGCAGGAGAAGGCGCUGCUGCAGGCGCGGGUGCGGGGGCUGGAGGCCUCCGUCCAGGAGGGGAAGCCAGACCGGAGCAGCCCCUACGUCCAGGUGCUGGAGGAGGACUGGCGACAGGCGCAGAGGGGCCUCCAGGAGCAGACCGCCGCCAUCUUCUCCCUGCGCAAGGACCUGCGCCAGGCCGAGGCCCUGCGUGCCCGGUGCACGGAGGAGAAGGAGAUGUUUGAGCUGCAGUGCCUGGCCCUGCGGAAGGACUCCAAGAUGUACAAGGAGCGCAUCGAGACCAUCCUGCAGCAGAUGGGAGAGGUCGCCGUCGAGCGGGACCAGGCCAUCGCGACGCGCGAGGAGCUGCACGCCCGGCACGCCCGCAGCCUGCAGGACAAGGACGCGCUGCGGAAGCGGGUCCGCGAGCUGAGCGAGAAGGCGGACGAGCUGCAGCUGCAGCUGUUCCAGCGCGAGGGCCAGCUGCUGGCGGUGGAGGGCCGCCUCCGGUGGCAGCAGCUGGAGACGUCCGUCCUGGUGGGCCUCCCCCGGGGCCUUUACGGUGUCCCUCAGUCAGAGAGAGCCAUGGCUCUGCCACCGUGGGGCUCUGGGGGUGGGGCCACAUGGGGGCAGAGCUCCGACCUAGAGGACGGCUCACCGAGGAACUCCCAGGAGCUCUCGCUCCCCCAGGACCUAGAGGAGGAUGCCCAGCUCUCAGACAAAGGCGGCCCGGCCAUCGGGGAGAGCCCUGAGCAGCCCUCUGUGGCUCUGCAGAAGGAGCGGCUUUCACUGACCCCCGAGGACGCAGGCUUGAGCGGCGGGGAGCCCCCCGAGAAGGAGAAGGGGCGGCGGCGUCUCAAGGAGAGCUUCGAGAACUACCGCAGGAAGCGGGCCCUCAGGAAGAUGCAGCACGGCGCGAGGCAGGGGGAGGUGGACUGGGAGAAUACCACGGGCAGCGACAACACCGACACCGAGGGCUCCUAGCCGGCCCCUCCGUCCAGCCGCCCGUCGUGGGAGGAGGACACGGCGCCGCCCGGGACCUGGGCGCUACCCCGCUGGGCCGCCUCUUCGUUGGCGAGCACGGGCUUGUUCUAUCUCUGUGUGAUGCACAAGCGUGCUGCAGUGUUAAAAAUGCAGCCCCGUCAAUAAACGACCGCGGUCCGGACACCACCGUCUCCGAUGAUCUUGCUGCCGCG